CGUAGUGAGAGAAAGUAGUGGUGAAGAGAGUGGAAAAAAAAUUAAAAAAAGGUUUUAAGAAAGCGUAGUUCGUUGAACUCUCAAAGGUCAUUAUUUUUCUUCAUUUAGCUGCCUUUGACAACCCAUUUAACGAAGAUUCACAAUUCAUAUUCGCAUAUAAUAUCAACUUCAUCGAGAGAAAAUGGGAAGACACUAAUUUAGUACUCAUAGAUCCAUUUCUUGGAUACGAAUACAGAGGGAGAACUGACUUUGAAGAUAUCUUUUUUGCAAUUCUAUUUUGAUUUUGUGAUUUUCAAGAUUAGAUUUAAAGGGUUGUCAAGAAACUUUACUAUAUGGAGAGAGUGAUUUAUCACUCCUCGAACCAUUCUUGAAUAUGAAUACAGGAGGAGGAAGGGCUGUAAAGAAAAAUCUUGCCAUUACUGGUUGUUAUAAUGGAAAAUAGUGGAGCACAAUCAUCGGAAGAUCCGGCUCCGCCGCCGCCGCCAGCUGAGGAGCUACUGAAGAAGAUCGAAGAACUAGAAAUAGGCCAUGCCCACUUGAAACAGGAGGUGUCUAAGCUCGUAAAUUUAUCAACACCGACUGCUCCAGGUGCUUCCGAUCAUCGUCCAAGGCAGAGGUCCCAAUCUGUUUCGCCGCAGCGGGCGUCACGGAGGAGGGCCGGUGGUGGAGAUGGAAGCGCGACGGUGGUGUGGAGGAGGGGUUUGGCCCCAUUCCAGCAUUCGUCGCCGUUGCAGAGAGAGAGUAAUAGCAGGGAGAUGGAUCAUGGGAGUGACGGUGAAGGACCGGCGGCGGUAAAGUUUACUGAUAGGCAGUACUUGAAUAUAUUGCAGUCUAUGGGGCAAUCAGUGCAUAUAUGUGAUCUCGAUUAUCAAAUUAUUUACUGGAAUAGAAGUGCGGAAAAUCUUUAUGGAUAUUCAGCUGCCGAGGCUCUAGGGCAGGAUGCUAUUAAGCUACUAAUAGACAAUCAGGAUUUUGCUGAGGCUAGUGACAUAAUGCAUCGAGUGACCAUGGGAGAGGGUUGGACUGGGCAGUUUCCUGUUAAAACUAAGAGAGGGGAUAGGUUUUUAGCUGUUGCGACGAACACUCCUUUCUAUGAUGAUGAUGGCACUUUGGUGGGAAUUAUAUGCGUAUCGAGUGAUUCCAGACCUUUUCUGGAAGCAAAAGCAGCAAUGUCUAGGGGCAAAAGCUUGGAAACAGAUUCUAGCUUUAGCAGGCCGAGAAGCGUUGCUUCAUCCAAACUUGGCCUUGAUCCUCAGCAGCCUAUACAAGUAGCAAUAGCCUCGAAAAUAUCAAAUUUUGCUUCUAAAGUGAGCAACAAGGUUAAGUCAAAAAUAAGGUCUGGGGAGAAUGGCUCGGAUUUUGAAGGUGGAAGUGGAGAUAGCCAUCACUCUGAUCAUGGUUUCUUGGAUGCAGCUUUCUCUGACCAUAGGGAGGAUGCGGCUUCUAGUGGAGCUAGUACACCCCGAGGAGAUAUGCAUCCUUCUCCUGUUGGAGUGUUCUCCAGUGCCGGCCAUGAGGAACACUCCCCGGGUAGGCCGUCCCGAGAAUCUGGUGAUGAAAGUGAAGGGAAACCGGGGAUUUCGAAGAUCAUUACUUCGAAUGCAGGAGCUUUGAUUGGUAAGAAAGGUUUGUCUUGGCCAUGGAAAGGGUUUGAACAAGAUGAUGGAACAGAAGCAAAGACUUCUCGUUUUGUCUGGCCGUGGGCACACAAUGACCUAGAAAAUGAGUCGGGUCAGCAAAAGAGUUCUGGAGCCACUUCAAAAUUGGAAAAUCCGCUUGCUGAAACUGAUCAGUCGGCUAAUAAUGAUGCUACAGGGUCGUGGUCCUCAUCGGCCAAUGUUAAUAGCACUGGCAGUGUUAGUAGUUAUGGAAGUACGAGCAGCAGUGCUGUUAAUAAAGUUGACCUUGAGACUGACUGCUUCGAUUAUGAAAUCUCGUGGGAGGACUUGACAAUUGGAGAACAGAUUGGGCAAGGUUCCUGUGGAACUGUAUAUCAUGCUCUGUGGUAUGGAUCAGAUGUUGCUGUCAAGGUAUUUUCCGGACAAGAAUAUUCUGAUGACGCAAUAUUUUCCUUCAGACAGGAGGUGUCACUUAUGAAAAGACUUCGACAUCCAAAUAUUCUGCUCUUCAUGGGUGCAGUUACUUCACCUCAACGUCUUUGCAUUGUUACAGAAUUUCUUCCACGUGGAAGUUUGUUCCGGUUGUUGCAAAGAAAUACAUCAAAAAUGGAUUGGAGACGACGCAUUCACAUGGCUUUGGAUAUAGCACGAGGUAUGAAUUAUCUCCAUCAUUUGAAUCCACCUAUUGUUCAUUUUGAUUUGAAGUCUUCAAAUCUUCUUGUUGACAAGAACUGGGCUGUUAAGGUUGGCGACUUUGGUCUCUCACGUCUUAAACACGAAACGUAUUUGACAACAAAGACUGGGAAAGGAACGCCUCAGUGGAUGGCUCCAGAAGUUCUUCGUAAUGAACCUGCAGAUGAGAAGGCCGAUGUCUACAGCUACGGAGUGAUACUUUGGGAAAUUGCUACCCAAAAGAUUCCUUGGGAUAACCUCAACUCCAUGCAGGUGAUUGGAGCUGUGGGUUUCAUGAACCAACGCCUCGAGAUACCUAAGGAUGUUGUUCCCCAAUGGGCUUCUAUAAUCGAGAGCUGCUGGCAUAGCGAACCACAGCGCCGUCCAACAUUUCAAGAACUAAUUGAAAGGCUUAAAGAUAUGCAGAGACAGUAUGCCAUUCAAUUCCAGGUUGGCCGUGCAAUUGCUGGGGAUGGCAGCCAAAAAGAACUAUAGCCCUUAGAAGCUGUGCAUUUUUGACAUCGAGUCGUGCUCAUAUUGUGUACAACCGAUAUACAACAUUUCCAGAAAGUCUACGAGUUGCUGGCAAGAACAUGGUUUUCGCGCACCAUGUGAACACAGUAGUUGAUGGAUUCAAGAGUGUAUAAUACGUGAAAAGGUCACACUGAGAAUGUGUGUAAUUAACAGAGAUCAUGAAAUUAUUUUGGUGGUGCAUCCAACUAAAUGAAUUGUAUGUAUGCUGUAACCAUUUAUUGUCCAUUCGGUUUUGCAGAGUGCAUGCAUAUUACUGAUAUAAUUUGUGGAUUA